AUGGACCCAGAACAGAUAGAGGGAUGCGACCUUUGGUGGAAGGGCCCUGAAUGGUUAGGGCAAAGUCAUUUCCCGGAGCAGCCAAGAACCCUGGAAUCACAAGUAGCUGGAGAGGAAGUCCGUCGUUCAGCACACCCAGCCGCCAGUUGUGUAGCACAUUUUGGAGAAGAGUAUGUGCUAAAAUUCUCGUCCUUCACUAAACUUAUACGCAGCAUCGCAUACUGGAUGCGACUUAUGCGUAUACUGAGGAAAUCCGAAGACAACCGCAGCAGUUUACUGACCGUAGAAGAGUUGAGAGAUGCAGAGUUUGCAAUUAUUCGUCGUAUCCAACAAGAGUCUUUCCCUAAUGAGUGGAAGGCUUUAACGAAGAAAGAAGCUGUUCAUCGAAGUUCACCGCUGAGAUGGUUCACCCCACACAUAUCAUCGGACGGCCUAAUUCGUGUUGGAGGAAGAUUAGGCAGAUCACUGGAAUCGGAAGAUACGAAGCACCCGAUUGUGCUUCCAGCAAAACACCCGUUCACUACGAUGCUAUACGAAUACUACCAUAUCAAGCUUCUACACGCCGGUUCUCAACUACUUCUUAGUACAGUUAGGCUGAAGUAUUGGCCUCUCGGAGGCAGAAAUAUUCCGCGACAAGUUGUACAUAAGUGUAUGAAAUGCUUCCGCUCGAAACCAAAUCCAAUUGAGCAAUUUAUGGGAGAGUUACCCCAAGCACGCGUUACAGUAGCUCGAGCCUUUUCAAGGACAGGCGUCGACUAUUUCGGACCCAUAUAUGUACGUCAAGCUCCCAGAAGACCAGCGGUCAAAUCUUAUGUGUCGGUUUUCAUCUGCCUUUGUACGAAAGCGGUUCAUCUAGAACUUGUAUCCGACUUAUCAACAGAUCGUUUCCUUCAAGCCUUACGGCGGUUCAUCGGAAGAAGAGGCUACUGUUCCGAUAUCUAUUCGGACAAUGGAACGAAUUUCGUCGGAGCACGGAGCUACCUUCGAGAACUACUAAAGUUGCAACGCAGUGAUCAGCAUAAAGAAGCAGUUUCGAAGGAGUGUGCCAACAACCAUAUCCAAUGGCACUUCAUACCACCAGCCGCGCCCCAUUUCGGAGGACUUUGGGAAGCAGCGGUCAGAUCAGCCAAAAAACAUCUCCUGAAGGUUCUAGGGGAAAAUCCUAUCCCGUUCGAAGACAUGACUACGCUCUUGGUACAAGUGGAAAAUUGUCUCAACUCGAGACCAAUCACAGCUUUAACAGAUGAUCCGGACAACCUCGAACCCCUUACACCAGGACAUUUCCUUAUCGGAGAACCAUUUCAACAGCUGCCUGACAGAAGUUACCGUGAAGUACCCAUGAACAGAUUGAAUCAGAGUCAGACAUUGCAGAAGCGGCUUCAACACUUUUGGGAUCGUUGGAGAGUUGAGUACUUGACACAACUUCAGGGGCGGUUUAAAAGAUGGAAGAAGCCGAUCGAUGUUAAGGCUGGACAGUUGGUGAUCAUCAAAGAGGAUAAUUUGCCGCCAAGUCGUUGGAAGAUGGGCAGAAUAGAACAAGUUCAUCCUGGAGCUGAUGGAGUCGUGAGGGUGGUAACCUUGAAAACAGCAUCAGGACCUUCUACGCGACCGGUAGAAAAACUUUGUUUUUUGCCAGCAGCAUCUCAACCAGAAGACAAUCAAGCUUAG